AUAGGCUGAAGAUGUCUGGCCCGUCUACAUUUCCUGGUUUUAAAAGUCUGGCCCGACUGAAUCUGUAAUUCAACGAAUCGUUUCAGCUGUACUUGUAUAAACUGUUGGGGAGUUUAAUUUUAUAACGAAACGUCAGAUUUUAUAAACUCUUCAGUGCAGCGGAGUGGAAGCAGAAAGCGGCACGAAAAGAAAAGACUCAAGUAAAGUACAAGUACCUCAAAUGCGCACUGAGUAAAUAUAAAACAUAAACAAACAUCUGCAGUUCCGUUUUAGUUUAGUUAAAAUGUGUAUUAGUCACUUUAUGAACAGUUUUUCAGUGUCAUAAUCAAUUAUAAUAUAAGUAGCAGCUGGUUUCUGGCAAACAGCAACAACUACUGCUUGUAGAGGUCAAAGGUCAUGAUUACGUGUUAAUGAUCUACAGAGCGUCAACUUCAGUCUGACUUUCGUUAUCAGGGAUCAGUUUCAUCAGAGCUGCGGCUCGAACAUGAAAUUAUUCCGUUUUUGAUCGCAGAUGAAGUUCCUGAGCUGAUCCGAUCUGAAGUUGAUCCAAAAAUGAGCGAGCCAACAACUGAGCCACCGCCUGGGAUCGAAACAUGGACCAAAGAAGACGUCCGCCACUGGCUGAUGACAGAGGUCAAAGUUCACGAGACUUGUGCCGACAGAUUCUGUGAUGAGGAAGUGUCGGGAGACAGUUUAGUUAACUUUGAAAAGAAAGAUAUUUUAGAUUUAGGAAUAAAACACGGCCCUGCUGUCAAAAUCGCAUCUUAUCUAGAAAGGCUUAAAGAAGGAUCGCAACAUGAAUCACAGUUCCCGGCGCAUGUGGAAAACCGGACAAAGGAGGAAGUGACCCAGUGGCUACUGCAGCAUGUGAAAGUACAUAGCAAAUACGCAGAACGGCUCCAAGAGGAAGAUGUGUCUGGAGAUUGCCUCGUCUGCUUCAGGAAGCAGGAUUUUCUGGACCUGGAAGUGAAAAGCGGUCCAGCUGUAAAGAUUCUGAAAGAGCUCGGUCGGCUGAAUAAUACAGAGUCGCCGCUGCGUCCCAUCUUUCACAGCAUCCGUUGGUCCUUAAGAGCCAAAAACAGGCAAGAAAACAAGAAGACAAAUGCGCCGCUGGAGAAGACUCCGGGAAAGGGCCAGCUACCGAUGUCGCAGACGAAGAAGAAAGAAGCUGAUAAUCCGGCCCCACUGAUCAAGAAUACCCUGGACAGACUCCGUAAGGCUGAUCUGAAGUCUUUCUGUUUCGAGCUGGAAAAUUACGCUAACCCCGUUCCUCGGAGCAAACUGGAAGAUAAGGACACCAUGGACAUCUCUACGUUAGUGACCGACCACUACGGAUGUGAGGAGGCUUUGUGCAUCACACGAAAUAUUCUGCAAAAAAUAAAUCAGAACAAACUUGCUUCUCAACUGAUAAACCACGCGGGUGAAGUGAAGCGCCAUCACAGAUGUGGUGCUGACGAGAAGGGCACAGCGAAGUCAGACUCACUGCCCUGUUCCAGAUGUGAACACGAGGAGAGGGAGGAAAGAAACGUUUCUUGUUUCAUGAAUGUCAAAAUAAACUUGCCAUCGUGCUUGAACUAAAUAUCUGUAUAGCGGCAGCUGGACGUUAGAAAAGGCUCACGCUUCUUUUUUUCUGCUUUUCAGUGAAAAAACCAGUUUAAACUUGUUGAGACUCUUACAUCAUUCACGCUGUUCUUGCAUCCUCUAUUUCUUUCUCUGUUGUCGUCUUUUCAGUUUCUUCUUCUUGUAAAUUCUUUGUAUAUUUUUAAUUAGUGUUUUAAAUGCCUUGUAAAUGUGCUGAAUAAAUAAAUAAAUGUG